AUGCGUCGCUGCAUGCCGUGGUGUCGCCUCGUGUGCGGGGGCAGCCGCCUCCUCCGCGAAGACGCCAAUACACGAAGUGAGCCGACGACCGGCUCGUCUAGCUUCAAACAGGCAGUUGAGGACAAACUUGAGAAGGAGUCUCAGGAGCUCGGGCGCGUCGCGUGCUAUCCUCAUCGCUCCAUGACCAGACCAGUAAUGCUCGUACCGACGUCGCAGAUCCUCUCUCCGCUUUUCAUGUCCAGUCUCAUGGACUUGAAGCAGUUAGCGACAAACCUGCACUGCCUGUCCUUCAGUGCCCCCAAGGCGCACUGGGACGCGGCAGUGCUGCUCAUCAAGAGCAACCCAGAUGAGGUGGAGUACGAGGUGUGGGUGAACCCGUCGGUACCUGGCUACGACGAUCGCAACGCGGUGGCGCCCAUGUACGGCAUGUGGGAGAACUGCAUUUCAUGCGGCACGGCAACGGCGUGGGUCGUGCGCCCGCAGCGCAUCACGUGCCGCGGGUACAACGAGCACGGCAGGGAGAAGGUGCAAGUACUAGAUGGAAUGCGAGCGCGCUGCCUCAUGCACGAGCUGGACCACUUGAUGGGCAAGACUAUCUUCCAUCAAACGAUGGGACCAGAGUUUGUGGUGAGUUCGGUGGCGAUGGCGCAGCGACACCUUUGGCCGGCCAACUUUCCGUCUGCCGAGGCGUACGUUACUAUUCCUGGUCAGUUUUUCGACUACGUGCAGAACACGACAGUGAUUCCGCCAGGAAUGGAGUGGUGGUACGCACAAAACAUGCGAAAUGAGUUUGGUAACGAGCGUAUUGAACCGUAA